AUGGCGGAGUCGACGACCCGGCCCAAGCCGGUUCAUACCAUCGUGCUGGAUGCCGGUCCCAUCCUGAAGAAUACCCCGCCAUUGUCCACCCUGCUCGCACAAUGCGAAGAACUCCUCAUCACCCCUUCCGUCGUCCGGGAAAUCCGCGAUCCCGAUGCGCGUGCUCGUGUCGAAACGAUGUAUCUGCCCUUCCUCAAGCAGCGGACUCCGUCGCCCAAGAGCGUCGCUAUCCUGAGCGAGUUCGCGCGCAAGACCGGUGAUCGCGCCGUACUGAGUUACACUGAUCUGGAGGUGCUGGCACUUGCCUAUGAGGUUGAGUGCGAGCGCAACGGUGGCGACUGGCGUCUGCGAAGUGUGCCGGGUCAGAAACAGGUGAAUGGCAAGCCACCGGCGAAGACGGAGGAACCCAAGGCGGAGGAAUCGAAACCGGAGACCACCACCGAGGUCAAGGACGAAGAGAAGUCUAGCAAUGCGGAUGUGGACAUCGUUGCAGAAGACCUGAAGAACGCAACCCUGGAGACGGAAACCAAGGAAGAACCGCAGGAGUCUCAGGAAUCGCAGGAGGCCUCUGCCCCCGCUGAAGCGGAGCCCGAAACCAACGAUGAGGACAAGGAAGAGGACGGUGCUGCGUCUGACUCCGAUGGAGAGUGGAUCACACCUUCCAAUCUGAAGAAGCGGCAGGUCCGCGAUGAUAAUAUUUCGGCGGAUGCAUCCCCGGAGCCCAAGGUCAUGCAAGUUGCCACGAUGACUACGGAUUUUGCGUGUCAAAAUGUCCUCCUGCAGAUGAACCUGAAUCUGCUUUCGACGUCUACUCUCCAAAGAAUCCGCCACCUCAAAUCCUUCAUCAAGCGUUGCCAUGCCUGUUUCUUCACCACCAAGGACAUGACCAAGCAGUUCUGCCCGCGUUGCGGAAAAGACACCCUUACCCGUGUCUCCUGCACGACCACCGCCAACGGUCAGUUUACGAUGCACCUGAAGAAAAACAUGCAAUGGAACAACCGCGGCAACCGGUUUAGUGUCCCCAAGCCGGUCCACGGCAGCGCGAACGGAAAGUGGAAAGGCGGCGGUGGCCAGAAGGGCUGGGGUACGGAGCUCAUCUUCGCCGAAGAUCAGAAGGAGUACACUCGAGCUGUCACUGAGGAGAACCGGAGACAGCGCAAGGAGCGUGAUCUCAUGGAUGAAGAUUACCUGCCGAGUAUUUUGACUGGCGAAAGAAACCGGAACGGUGGGCGCAUCAAAGUCGGCGCUGGCAGGAACGUGAACUCGAGAAAGCGGUAG